CCGAACACGGCCCACGGGCAGGGCGCCGAAGAGGAGCAGGCGCGCGCCCGGGGACGAGCAGGGCGCAGUGAGGGAGGGGCGCGUCCACUGCCCCGGCCCGUCGACACCGACCCCGCCUACCGCGGCGCGGGGACCCUUGGCAAGACUCGUGGCUGUGACCCAUGGGCCUCUGAGGAGGCGUUGUAAGUCCGCCCAGCUCCCCACUUGCUGUGCUCUCACUCAAUGCGAAGGGAACCAAGGUACCAGGGCCAAGUGGGUCCAGACAUCCACACGGAUUCUGAAAGGGCAGGUCAAGCAGACUUUGUCCAGCCAUCAGCCACGGCCUCUCGACAGCACCAAGAUGGAAGUCAAAGGUCAGCUGAUCAGCUCUCCUACCUUCAAUGCCCCAGCUGCCCUGUUCGGAGAGGCUGCCCCCCAGGUGAAGUCAGAGCGUCUGCGGGGGCUGCUUGACCGGCAGCGGACCCUGCAGGAGGCCCUGAGCCUGAAACUUCAGGAGCUCCGCAAAGUGUGUCUCCAGGAGGCGGAGCUGACUGGCCAGCUGCCCCCUGAGUGCCCACUAGAGCCUGGUGAACGGCCCCAGUUGGUCCGCCGGCGGCCCCCCACAGCCCGCGCCUACCCUCCACCGCACCCCAACCAAGCACACCACUCCUUGUGCUCUGCUGAGGAGCUGGCUCUUGAGGCCCUGGAACGCGAGGUGUCAGUGCAACAGCAGAUCGCGGCGGCCGCCCGCCGCCUGGCCUUGGCCCCUGAUCUGAGCACCGAGCAGCGCCGGCGCCGGCGCCAGGUCCAGGCAGAUGCACUGAGGAGGCUGCAUGAGCUAGAGGAGCAGCUCGGGGAUGUCCGGGCCCGCCUUGGCCUCCCAGUGCUCCCGCUGCCCCAGCCACUGCCACUGUCCACGGGGUCAGUGAUCACCACCCAGGGAGUCUGCCUGGGCAUGCGUCUUGCUCAGCUCAGCCAAGAGGACGUAGUUCUGCACUCAGAGAGCAGCUCCCUCUCAGAGUCUGGGGCCAGCCAUGACAACGAGGAGCCCCAUGGCUGCUUCUCUCUGGCCGAGCGCCCCUCACCACCCAAGGCUUGGGACCAGCUGCGGGCAGUAUCUGGGGGGAGCCCUGAGCGGCGAACCCCAUGGAAACCACCUCCAUCAGAUCUUUAUGGGGAUCUGAAGAGCCGGCGGAACUCUGUGGCCAGCCCCACCAGCCCCACACGCUCGCUGCCCAGGAGUGCCUCCAGUUUUGAGGGGCGAAGUGUGCCUGCCACCCCUGUCCUCACCCGGGGCGCUGGCCCCCAGCUCUGCAAACCUGAAGGCCUUCAUUCUCGUCAGUGGUCCGGCAGCCAGGACUCCCAGAUGGGCUUCCCCCGGGCGGACCCUGCCUCCGAUCGCGCCUCCCUCUUCGUAGCUCGCACCCGCCGCAGCAACAGUUCUGAGGCCCUGCUGGUGGACCGGGCCGCUGGUGGGGGAGCUGGCUCCCCGCCUGCCCCUCUGGCUCCCUCUGCCUCUGGCCCCCCAGUCUGCAAGAGCAGUGAGGUGCUGUAUGAGCGCCCCCAACCAACCCCUGCCUUCUCCUCCCGCACAGCAGGCCCCCCAGACCCUCCCCGGGCCGCCCGGCCUAGCUCAGCUGCCCCUGCCUCCCGAGGUGCCCCCCGGCUCCCACCUGUGUGUGGGGACUUCCUCUUGGACUAUUCCUUGGACCGGGGCCUACCCCGCAGUGGCGGUGGAGCAGGCUGGGGGGAGCUGCUGCCUGCAGCUGAGGUCCCAGGACCCCUCUCCCGCCGGGAUGGGCUCCUCACCAUGCUCCCCGGCCCACCACCUGUGUAUGCAGCUGACAGCAACAGCCCCCUCCUCCGCACCAAGGACCCCCACACCCGUGCCACCCGCACUAAGCCCUGUGGCCUGCCCCCAGAGGCUGCCGAAGGCCCUGAGGUGCAUCCAAACCCUCUGCUGUGGAUGCCCCCACCCACCCGUAUCCCCUCGGCUGGUGAACGCAGUGGCCACAAGAACCUGGCUCUGGAGGGGCUGCGGGACUGGUACAUCCGGAACUCGGGACUGGCUGCGGGGCCCCAGCGCCGGCCUGUGCUCCCUUCCGUGGGCCCGCCACACCCACCCUUCCUCCAUGCCCGCUGCUAUGAGGUGGGCCAGGCGCUGUACGGGGCCCCCAGCCAGGCGCCACUCCCACACUCGAGGAGUUUCACGGCGCCCCCUGUCUCUGGCAGAUACUACGCGGACUUCCUGUAUCCCCCGGAGCUGAGCGCUCGUUUAAGUGACCUGACGCUAGAGGGGGAGCAGUCCUCCAGUUCUGACACCCAGACCCCGGGGACACUGGUCUGACCCCUUCUGAUAUGUCCCUUGUUGGCCUGGGCACGAUUCCAAUCUGGGGAGCACACAGCUGACCUUGCUGGGCCCUGGGGUGUGGUUGCUCUCAGUCCUGAGCGGAGUGCGCCAACCUAAUCUUCCAAGGCCCCUGGCUCCCCGUAGGCCCAGGAAGGUGUCUGACACCCUGCUUCUUCUCUCACACUGUGCUGGGGACUGGGGGCCCUCAGCCAGCUUAAAAGAGGGGGGAUGAUGUCAUGGGGACCCCAAGCCCCUUCCUCCAUUUAUGUUUACAGUUGUGACUUAGGUAUUCACUGUCUUCCUCCAACACUAGGCGUUUUACAAAAGGGAAGCUGUGAUCUCAUCUGGUUGGGUUCAUUCCUGUUCCCAUGCCCAACCAGGUUCCAUUCAGGAACCCCCUCCAUAAAAUGGACCAUAUCGGGUCUCAGGGCCAUUUAGGGCAGCCAGGAGACUCCGGUGUGAACAGAAAUCCCUGCCACGCAUCGCCAGGGCAGUUGUUGGGGCAGUGGGCUCUCUGCCCACACUUGGAAGGACUGCAGUCUGGGUGGGAUGCCUGAAAGAGCCCAACCCCGUCUGUGCCUAUGGCCUCUGCCCUGACCACCCCCAGUCAGGAGGCCCCACAGGAGGGGUAAAGGGAAGAGCCAUCAGGUGUGCUGUGUCCUGGGAUCCUGUGGGGGUUGAACUUGGCAUCUACCAGAUCUGGCACCCGGUAGAUGCCAGUGAAAUCGUCAGGUGAGGUCUGCCUACGGGCCACGGGCCACUCACCACUCACACCUUCCUUGGCUUUCCUUCCACCCUUUUUUUUUUCUCGAGACGGAGUCUUGCUCUGUCGCCAGGCUGGAGUGCAGUGGCGCAAUCUCAGCUCACUGCAACCUCUGCCUCCUGGGUUCUCCUGCCUCACCCUCCCGAGUAGCUGGGAUUACAGGCACACGCCACCAUGCCCAGCUAAUUUUUGUAUUCUUAGUAGAGACAAGGUUUCACCAUAUUGGCCAGGCUGGUCUUGAACUCUUGACCUCGUGAUCUGCCCGCCUUGGCCUCCCAAAGUGCUGGGAUUACAGCCGUGAGCCACUGCACCCAGCCCCAAUCCACCACUUUUUAAGCAAACCCACACAUGUUGUGUUUUCUAUGAUACCUGUCUGUGAUUUUCGGAGCUGGGCGUUCCCCUACCCCCUUUUCCUGGCGUUAAGCUUUUCUUUUUAUACCAGUGGAUCUGGACCCAAGACAUUACCCACACUGGAAGGGGAUUUGUAUAAUAAAUGUGUAAACUGAA